ACAGAUUUUUACAAACCAAUACUUUUCUGAAUCUGGAGAUUGCAUCGUAUUAGCAGUAUAAGAACUGGGAGUCUGGGAUGUUUCAGAUUCUAAAAUGAUAGGAAAGGGAAAUUCAACAUCUCAAGUUUUGCCCACAUUUUCUGCUUAAACAUGUUAAACUGCACUCUCCCAUUCAAACUCCAAUAAAAGUUGAAUUUUUAACUUCUGAAUUCAUAUAAAGUGUUACAUUUCUAAAAACACAAUGAGGUCUAAGGAUUCAGAAAAAUGUUGGUUGAGUGAAUUUGGUUCAAAAAUAAGGAAGUUAUCACAGAAAAACAACCCGGCAAGGUUUCGUCAAACAGACUAUAGGCCUAGAAAUAGGAUGCUAUCAUUUUAUCAUAUAAUUAAAUUUUUUUAUCAUUAGGCCUAUUAUUAAUAAUAAUAUUAAUAAAUCGUUUGCUAUCGCCUGAUUGCUAUGAUAAAAACAUAUUUUUAUUUUAUAAUGAAUGCGACAUGUGCAGCUAGGCUUAUUUUCUUACCAAAAUCCAAGACUUUAGCUGGCGCUGUCUCUCCAUUCCAAGGCACAUCAUAGAUGUUCCCGACUGCUGACUGAAGCUUCUUUCCAAGGGCCAUUAACUUUAACUCGGCACCACACUUUCCCACUUCUAUUACAUCCCAUUGUGGUGGAUCUUCAAUCCAUUGUAAGAGUAACCAUGUUGUGGUAGACGAUGCCAUUCUCUCGGAUCCACUUGAUUUCCCACUGGGCACUGUAUUAUCACACUUUUCAAAAGAUUCUUUAGAAUAUUUGUAAUGCGCGCUUUUACCUUCCUGAGCUAUUGACACACGUGGUGGUCAAACCAGUUAUAACCGGAUAUAGCCAGCAGUGGUUCUUAGUCCUGAUUGGUGCUUAUUUACAAUAACAGUGUAUAAAGUGUCUAGUAUUGUUAUAGAAAAUACAAAUAUCUAUGAGGGACAUUAUUUUAAUGUUAUAAGCUAUCUUGAUUUGUCAAACUCAAUCAGUAUUCGAGUUAUUUAUUUUCUGCAUUUCCGGUCCUGCAUUCCAAGAUGGCAGCCGCUAUCCCAUGUCCCACGCUACACUGAGGAGUAUCUAAUCAAUAAGUACUGCGAAGAAAUAACCAGUUUGAAGUUCAUAUAGUGAUAAUCAGAAGAGGAAAUGAGCAAAAGGAAAAGUAGUAAGUCAUCAUUGUUCACGGACACAAGUUUUUCGUCUGACUGCAAUGACGGUAUAAGCGAAAGGACUGGCUCAGUGGUAUCAUCGCAAACAUCUCUGACAUCAAACGACAGUGAGUACUCUUUUGGACAGGAUGAUGAACUUCUAGGCUUACCCCAACACGACCGUGUCCGUGAUGUGGAAAAUAAAGUCAAAGAUGGAGAUGAAGUUGUUCCCAAAAAUAAUGAAGUGUUAAGAGGUGAAGAGGGCAAUGGAUCGACAGACGGUGAAAGUCAAAGUGAAGUGUCUCUCUCUUCUACCAGUCAUUCGACCCCUGAGAAUCUUGAAAAUGGUGAACUCGAUCAAUAUGAAAGAUAUAAUGAUGAAGAACUGGCUGAGAGACUUAAUGAUUUGGAUCAGAACCUCUAUGAUGGGUGCCAAAUAACAAGGCGAGAGAGUAUUCUACUCAUAAUGGGACACAUCAUAAGGAAUCAUGUGAGUGGAACAGCUCUGCAGAGCCUACUGACAGUCUUGGAGGCACAUUUACCAGCUGGAACUGUAUUCCCUGCUUCCCAAUAUCUUUUUAUGAAGAACUUUAAAAACAGUGACAUCACUCUAAGAUUUCACUCAUACUGCCCUUCUUGUAUAACCUACAUUGGAAGUAAUGAUAUGUGGUGUGAAAAUUGUGACACAAAUGUGUCUGUAAGUGACUGCAUAGAUAAUGGCAAUUAUUUUAUAACAUUUGAUGUUAAAGAUCAAUUGUUAUCUAUGCUACAGAAUGAAGAUAUUUGUAAACACCUACAAAUUGGGGCAAAAAGGGGACUUUGUGAUUCCUAUGGAGGUCGAUUAUAUCGUAAACUCCCUCUCGAGAAUGAUGACAUUACUGUUUCAUUCAACACAGAUGGCGUUCAAGUAUUUGUUUCAUCAAGGUAUUCAAUAUGGCCAUUGCAGGUAAUGGUUAAUGAGUUACCUUAUGCUAUAAGAAGGAAAAACAUUUUUCUUGGUGGCUUAUGGUUUGGUGACUCUAAACCUGACAUGAAUACCUUCCUCAAACCUUUUGUCACUGAAAUGAAUACACUAUCAGAUACUGGCUUUAAGUGGGGUACAGAAAAUGACAGCCACACCAGUAGGGUGUUUGUAACAACAUGCUCUUGUGACUCAGUAGCUCGCUGUCUUGUACAAAAUGUGACACAGUUCAAUGGUUGGUGUGGGUGUAAUUGGUGUUUGUCACAAGGUGAAGUAGUUUCAGUUGGUAGAGGGCAUGCAAGGGUUUAUAGUAUGGAGAACCAACUACCAGUUAAGAGGAAUAAAACUUCUCACAUAGAACAUGCGAGAACAGCUGUUCAGCAGGACAAACCUUGUAUGGGUGUCAAAGGUCCAUCAAUCUUGUUUCUUUUAAUGUAUUUUGACAUUGUAAACAAUUUUGUUGUUGACUAUAUGCAUUCUGUAUGUUUGGGUGUUGCAUGCCAGGUAGCAGGUCUAUGGCUUGACAGUUCAAAUCAUGCCAAAAAUUUCUACAUUGGUAACUCCAUAAAACACCUUAGUGACCGCCUUCAAUGUAUAAGACCACCAAAGGAAAUCACACGUAUUCCUGGUGCCUUGCAACACAGAAAAAGUUGGAAAGCUAGUGAAUGGAGGGCAUGGCUUCUCCAUUAUUCCUGUGUUGUGACAGUUGGGUUCCUAGGUAAACAAUACCAUGAUCAUUGGAUGACACUUGUAACAGCUAUGCAUUUGUUGCUUGCAGACAAACUAGAUGAUGAAUCUUUUCACCUAUGUGAAUCAUUACUCAUAGAUUUUGUAGUUAAAUUUCAACAGCUUUAUGGAAAAGAGUGUAUGACUUACAAUGUCCAUCAGUUGCUCCAUGUAAUGGAUUGUGUGAAAAACUGCUCUGGGUGUAUUCAACUUUUCCUUUUGAGAGCAUGAAUGGAAAGCUCACAAAAAUGUUUCAUGGCACAACUUGUGUGCAUAAGCAGAUAUCAGAAAAGUUUAUGUUGAUUAAGUCAUUACCAUCAUUAUCAAUUGGGGCCUUUACCAAUAGCCCUAACCUUUUAAGCUUUUUCCAAAAAAAUGUGUAUGGUUUUGCUAAGGGUAUUAAAGAGGCAUAUAAUGAGACUGUAUGUAUUUUAGGCCUGCCUGUCAGACUUGCCCUCAACUUUGAACAGCUAUGUUCAUUGAAUAAUAUUGGUGUAACAUUAAAAGAUAGAACUGUCCAGGCAUACCCACGAUUAGUUCUUCAGAAUGGUUUAUAUUUCGUAUCUGAACAGUUAAAGCAUAAGAAACAAGAAAGAAAUAAUUCCUGCUUUCACUUAAGAGAUGGUCAGAUUGGGACCCUGCAGUUAGUGGUUGCAGUGUGUAAAAAUGAAUGUGAAGAUGAUAUAUGUAACUGUAAAAAAGAAUUGUACUGUAUAUUUCGACGUUUAACAUCUACUCGAAUAAUGUUUCAGUUAAAUACAGGUAUAUAUAAAGUUAAGGGGCAUCAAAUUAGAGAGGUUGAACUCACUAAUGAAUUGAUAGCAUGUAAUUUAUCUGAUAUAGCAAAUAAGUAUAUUUACAUGAAAAUACAAAGAAAGACGUUUGUUUCACUUCUUCCAAAUGCCAUUGAGCUUGACUGAAAAUUAAUGUAUAGCGUAUAUCAGCGUUUAUUUU